AUGAAUGUGUUGUUCAUUAUUGUUACAUGUUGGACACUUUUAAGGUUUGUUGACAGUAGAACGAAGGAAUCGGAAAUCGACCAUGAAGACGUCGAUUCUGGUGAGAAUGGCAACUAUACAACCGCCGAGUUGAGGGAUAGGGUUUUGGCGGAAUGGAAAGGGAAGACAGACGAGAUUCAAGGGUAUUUUGACCAACUGCCCUCAGAAGAGUUUAAAGAGAACUCCGAGGAUCUCAAGUUCAAAUAUUACUAUGAACGGAAAGGGUUGAGGAACGUAAACACCAACCAAGUGUACAACAUAACCCCGCAGCUGUACCAUGACCCCUCUGGACCCAUGUAUACUGUAGAGGUCAACGACACUUACGUGCCCAAGUACCGGAUCACUACUAGCGAGGAAGAGAGAAUGGACAAAUAUGGUACGUUCAACUCGGAGUCUGAAUCUUCAGAAGUUUCAAGCGAAGAGGUAAAAAAGAAAAAGAAGAAGAAAAAGAAGAAAGAUUCAUCAGAGGAUGGAGGGGGGAAAACAAAAAAGAAGAAAGAAAAGAAAACAUGGCCUUCAAAUAUGGAUCCUAAAGAAAAGCGCAGAAAGAAGAAGUCAAAGACUUCUGAAGAAGAGAAGAAAAAGAAAGACCUUCAGAAUAAAUUGAAUGGUAAAAGUAACACUAGACUGAAUUUUAAAAGGAUCCCAGAUGGAAACAACCUACAAAAGAGAAUUGGAGAAUCUAUUCCCCAUGAUGUUUUGAAAACAAUUCAGGGUGAUAACAAGGGUAAAAGAGUUGAAGAAGGAAAACAGCAGCAGAGUAAAAAAUUUAAAAGUAAACAAAGCCGAUCUAAUUUGAAGUCAAAUUAUGGAAUAAAAAAUAUGCAAACUAAAAAAGGUGAGAAAGCGAUAGAUAACAACGAAAUUGAGAAGAAACUUGAUAAUUUAGAAAGACAAAAGAAACGUCCAAGACAACAAAUAAAUGGUUUUCCAUUGCGGCCUUUUCUGUAA